AUGCCAAGAGGACGAUUAGAAGUUCAGAUUUUAGAAGGUCGAGAAUUGAAGGACCAAGAUUUGGUGGGACAAAAUGAUGCCUAUAUUGAACUUUAUGUUGAUAAAAAAUAUAAACAACGUACCACAACAAAGAAAGAUACGAAUAAUCCAGUUUGGAAUGAAAUAUUCACGUUUAAUUUAGAUAAAGGUGAUGAUCAUAUUCAUUUUGAUGUAUACGAUGACGAUGUGAUCGGAAAAGAUUCUAUUGGUAUGAAAAAAAAAUAA